AUGAGAGAUGAAAUUGCAACAACAGUUUUCUUUGUCACAAGAUUGGUGAAAAAGCAUGAUAAAUUGAGUAAACAACAAAUAGAAAACUUUGCAGAAAAGCUGAUGACUAUCUUGUUUGAAACAUACAAAAGUCACUGGCACUCUGAGUGUCCUUCCAAGGGGCAAGCCUUCAGGUGUAUCAGGAUAAACAAUAGUCAGAAUAAAGAUCCCAUUCUACAAAGGGCUUGUGCUGAGAGUAAUGUGGAUUUUUCUCACCUUGGACUUCCAAAGGAGAUGACAAUAUGGGUAGAUCCCUUUGAAGUUUGCUGUAGGUAUGGUGAGAAAAAUCAUCCAUUUACAGUGGCUUCUUUCAAAGGCAGGUGGGAGGAGUGGGAGCUCUCCCAACGAAUCCGAGACGCUGUCAGUAGAUCCACACUAGACUACUCCUCCGGCCCGUCCUCUGAUGAAGAAAGUUGUAACAAAGAACCUCAGAUAAUUCCUAAAGUCAGCAACCCAAAGAGUAUUUAUAAGGUUGAAAACUUGAAACAGCCCUUUCAUUCUUGGUUCCAAAUCCCCAGCAAAAAGAAUCUGGCUGAAGGCCGUCUGAGCUUCCUAGGAAAUGCUUGUCACACAUUGCGAAGGAACCGUAAGGGCUACAGGCCUGUGGCUCUCUGCCGGGUAGACAGGUACCACUGGGUGAACACAAACCGAUGA